ACUAAUGCAUCGUCUUUUAGUUUAAUAGAAUGGUUAACCCAUAGUAAAAAAAAAUAUUGCGAGCUAUGUGAACAUCCUUUUACCUUUACACCCGUGUAUCGACAAGAUAUGCCAGAAGUACUUCCACCCAGAUUAAUUUUUCAACAAUUCAAAAAGAAGGUCGCGUUUAUCUUGAUGACGAUCUCCCGAGCGAUACUAGUGAUUUGUAUCUGGCUGAUCCUCUUACCUUAUUUCACCGUCUGGAUCUGGCGAUUUUACUUUUAUUUAGGCAAUCAUGUCUCUAAAAGACUGCUUCAAUUACAAGACAUGAAGAACAAGUGGAGCUAUGCUUCCGCAUCAAACAUGACUUCCAUUUUCUUCAAUACAAGUAUCGUGCAUGACAAUAACACGACAAUCAACUGGAUCGAUGGAUACAAGUCAGGUCUUACCUUGCAGUAAGAAGAUUAAUCUUUUUUUUUUUUUUUUUUCCUGAUGAUGACUGAUGCAUAUAUUUUGUGGUAAUUGAGUAGAUCAUUUUUUUCAGAUUGCGUUGAAGGCUUUAUUAUUACUUUUAUUGUGGUGUUCAU